AUGAUCCGCUCUGUCGUGAAGUUCACAGACGACGCAGCCGGUCUAGAAAAGACGCUCCGUCUUAUUCAAGGCUUUUGUACCAUUGCCGUCGGCUUGGCCGUAUCACCAGCAGACGCGGAUUUGUGGGCCAAGACGCGUGGACAAUUUGCACUUGGAAGGAGAUACUUCAGGCUUUUGAAAUGGUAUCCCUGUUUUGUGAAAGCAAGUAAUGCGGUGAGCGCCGAACGGUUGUCCAUAAGCACGAUCUUAGACACAAUCAAAUGGACAUUUCUGAGCUUGUACUUUUUCCUGGAAAUGUUUACCAUUACCAACGCAAUGGGGAUCACCAAAUUCGAUUGGGGUCCAAAAGUGCAACACGAAGCGAACAAAUGUUGGGUCUAUUCGCUCAUAGCCUCGAUUCUGCUCUCAAUGGUUGAGUUGUUGUGGGACAAUGUCAGAACUGCCGACGCAAGCUCUGUUGGCAAGGAUGAGAAGAAGUCGAGAACUGAGACUAGUUCACAAGAAAAGCAGCCUUCAACUGCUAGAUCCAAGCUCUACAUACAGCUCAUGAUCGAUUCCUGCGACAUUCUCAUUCCAGGAUCAGCUGUUGGUUGGAGUCCGUCUGCUUUGGCAGUUCCUCUUGUUGUGGGUGUUGCUAGUACCAUAUCCACAACACUGGCUGGAAGCCAGAUAUGGCAACGCGUUCAGCGAGAACCUCGGCAGUGA